UUCUACUCUGAGUUCCUCUGAGGGAGAAACCAAAGAGGGAGGCUUGUGCCUAGUCAGAAGGAAGGCCUGGGCGGAAGUGCUUGGGCCGCCAUCUUGAGCGACGGGGGCGAGAGAGAGAGGAAGGCCCGCUGCUGCUGCCCAUGCUUAAAAUGGAGGGGGCCGGGGCUGGACGGAGAUCUUAAGGGCUUUGGGUCCUCCUCUGCUUCAAGCGGGAGUUGCUGCUGGGCGCCGCUGGAGAUUUGCACUGAUAGCUAUUUCACUGCUAAAAUGACAACUCCCACCUCUGCACAAUUUCCAUCAUCUGAGAAUGCUUGCAGAACAUCAUCUGGACCAAUCAUGCAGGUAAGACCCAAACUGAAACUCCUGAAGAUACUGCAAGAUGCUGGUGCUCAGGGCGAAACUUUUACACUAAAGGAGAUCAUACAUUACCUCGGAGAAUAUAUUGUGCUGAAACAGCUGUAUGACGAACAACAGCAGCAUAUGGUGUAUUGUGAAGGAGACCAAUUAGGAGAUCUUCUGGGCCGUGAAAGUUUCUCUGUAAAAGAUCCAAGCCCGGUUUAUGACAUGCUGAAACGGAAUGUGAUUCCUGCUUCUUUCACAGAUGCUGCACAGACACUUGCUCUCGCAAAGGAUCAGAGUGUGGAUAAUCCAAGCCAAGAUCAACUGAAGCAGAGUAGCACAGAGAGAAGUUUUAUCACUGGUUAUAAAGAGGAAACACCCCUCAUCUGUACAUCAAAGUAUACCUGCAAAGAGGAGACAGCACUUCUAAAUAACCUAUCAAAAGAACAAACCAAGCUGGAUCUGGUGCUUGAAGAGUGGGAUAUACCUGGCCUUCCAUGGUGGUUUUUGGGGAAUCUGAGAAACAAUUACAAGUCCAGAAGUAAUGGCUCAACAGAUAUACAAACUAAUCAAGAUGUAGAUACCGUUGCUGUUUCAGAUACAACUGAUGACUUGUGGUUCUUCAAUGAACCUGCUUCAGAUCAGUUAGAUAUUACAGUCACAGGAAAAGGAAUUGAUUGUGAACAGACUAUCGAAGAUGGAAAAGAGAGUAGCAAAACGGUGAGUGAAGUUACAUCUUCAGAUGACUUUGAAGAUUCACAAUCCUUAAGUGAUGACACAGACAUCGAUAUUACCACUGAGGACUGUUGGCAGUGUACCAAAUGCAAGAAAUUCAACUCCCCCAUCAAACGAUAUUGUUUCCGCUGUUGGGCCUUAAGGAAAGACUGGUUCUCUGACUGCCCCAGACUUGUACAUUCUCUCUCUGCAUCCAACAUGGCUUCUAUGCAAAGUACAGAGGAGGCAGAAGGGAUGGAUGUCCCAGACUGCCGAAGGACAGUAUCAGCUCCAGUUGUACGGCCUAAAGACCUGUGCAGCUCAGAAAUUAAAUGUAGGUUAAGCCCUAAAAGCUCCAUGGAUUCCUUAGAUUUGGCACAGGUAUGUGAAGGAAGAGCGGCCUCACUACAGUUGGGUAAGUGCAAAGAAAAGAAAGAGGAAGAGGUGCAAUCCUUUGAUAGUAGGAAAGAAUUGGGGAAACCUUGCCUUGUGUGCCAGAAGAGGCCACGGAACGGGAAUAUUGUCCACGGAAGGACAGCUCAUCUUGUGGCCUGUUUUACAUGUGCCAAAAUGUUAAAAAAGGUGCGAUCUCCUUGCCCGUUGUGUAAGAAACAGAUACAUAUGGUGAUCAAGGCUUACAUAAUAUAGAUGUGUCACUUGCUGGGGGUUGUAGGGGAUGCUGUUUCUACCAUUGCCAACACAAUGAGAUGGUGCUUACUUUUGUUAUUACUUUUAGUUUUCUGUUUGCAUAUAUGUCUUAGUUGUCGGAAGGAGGGAGGGAGGGAGGGAGGGGCGUUAAGGGUGGUUUAAGCUUCCAUGGUACUCUGCAAAUGUUAUGAGGAGUCACACAUCUUUCUCAUGAGGAGAUGAGUGUGGUUCUAAUGUGGGAAUAAUUCCAUAGCUUCUCCAUAGUGAAGAAGGACUAUCUGCAUCAUGUUCUGGAGGCACAAAAAGAGGGCAAUUUAUACUUCUUUUUUUUAAAAAAAAAAACUUCCUGUGGCAUGAGAGACCAUCUGGAGUUGAAUUUAUACUAAGUUUCUAUAUGUAUGCUAAGUAUGUAUUAACUUGUCUUUUGUCCUUUGCACAGUGAUUUUUUUUAAAUAUUUGAAAGCCCAAGUAUAUCUAAUAGUUGAAUCCCAAGCACUAAGCAUUUUUCCAGCUAUAUAUUGUUUUUUGUUUACAUAUGAUGCCCCCUUUUGUCAGGUGCCUUAACUAAUAUAUUGGGCAGCUCCUCCUGGAAGAAGAUAUUUGCCACCUUGUCAGUCUAUGACUCUUCUGCCAAGCUUGUUAAACUUUGGGACUGAACUCUUCUGCUAAGUUUGUUUAACUGUGAGCUGUUUUCACAGCAUAUGUACUGCUCAUGUGUGCAUGUGUGCAUAAAUGUGUGUUUGUGUGAGAGAGAAAGAAGUGGGGAUAGGAAGAUUACUUGCAAAACUGUUAGAGGAAAGAUGUAUUUGUAUUAAAAUUGUACAAAAUGUAUAAAAUGCAUAUUGUAUUUUUCUCUAUUAGCUCAAAGCUAUGAGUGCUGUCUGGCUAUUUAACCAAAAAGGAUUUGCAAAGAGAGACUGCUCUAGUGAGCUGUGUGUACAGUUGAGUUUUGUUGUUGGGUACCACAAUAAAAAAAAAUGCAAGCUAUUUAGCAGUCAGCUGCAGGGUUCUGUUCUUCAUCCUGGCCAGUGGCUUGUAACUGUGAAUUGUUUGGUAAAAGUGAAUUUAAGGUGCUCAGAUGUAAUACUUUCAUGCCCCUAAUUUAUUUCUGAGAAGAAAGAGCAGUAAGAUGAUUUAGGGAUUUAUCUGAUUUAAAAACUUUUUUGAGACUUAGUUAUUUAAAAUCUAGUAACAUAGUUUUUAAAAAUGUAUCCAGCUGAUUACAGCUUCUUGGGUGGAAAAAAGACCUUGACUUGCAGUAAUUAUACCCUUCACUUGCUAGAGUUUAUGUUGCUGGAAUAAUUAUGUUUGUUCUCACUCCUCUAACUUCUAAAGAUACAGUCCGCCCUCCUUAUCUGUGGACUUGCCAUCCGUAGAUUUAACCAUCUGCAGACAGCAAGCUCCUGUUUUUCUUAAUGGCAGCCUGUACAUGCGGCCAUGUCCAUGCCAUGUUGCCAUAAAAAACAAACAAACAGGACCUGACCAUAUGGGGAUUUUGGUAUCCAGAACAGAUCCCCCCAUGGAUAUGGAGGUCGACUAUAAAUGAAAUCUUUAUCUUGUAUUAUUGAGGCUAAAACAGAUCAAAUUGUUACAAGUUUACUACUUUUAUGGUCCUCUCCUGGAUGCAGCUGUAUCAGUUAUGCUAGAGCUAUUUUUAAAGGUCAGAGUGUCAUCACAAUUUGUCUCCAUAAUUGACAAAAGUACUAUAAAAUUAGAUAAUUUGUAUAUUAAAAAUGUAAAGCAGUUUAGAUUUCUUAUGUUAGCAAUAAACUUUUCAACACCAGUUGUGAAGGAUAUAGGCUAUAUGAUAUACUUAAUAUGAGGCAGCCCAGUAGAAGUUGCCAGUUAAUCCCCUGACAUGAUGACAUAGUAUGAAUUUGUACACCAUUGCUUCCUAUUUUUUGAUACUACUGUCAAGGUUUGGGAAAACUACAUAGAAAAACAUGUUGCUGUAUAGGUGGGAGAGAACCUGUGUUAUUAUGGUGUAGGGGAGAGAUAACUGAUCCAGGUUUGUGUAGUAGCCAAGUGCUGUUAUUUAGAUCUGUGCAGAUGCCUUUAAUCUGGGUUCCUCCCCCCCUUCCAAUCCUAUUUUCAGUCAUUAUGUAUUAGAAAUUAUUUUACUUUGUGGAUUAAUCUGUAGGCCUAAUGGGCCCUCUACUUUGUACUUUUUCUGCAAUUUGUUUAAAUAAAAUUUUGCAAGUGUAUUAAAUGCA